GCUGCCGCUCCUACCUGUUGACCGCAUCUGCGGAAUGCGCGUGAGUCAAGUCUGAGCAAAAGUUGGAUAUGUGGUCUUUGUCGAGGCAUUUAUUGCCUUGGCUUCUAUUAGUUAUCCUCUACGCACUUCCCUGUUACGGCCAACAUGACGUCACCUGGUGCACUGUGAAUGAUGCAGAACACCUUAAGUGCACAGAAUUUGCUGAGGCAGUGCGUGUAAGCCGCCUGUUCUCCCUAACGCUCAAAUGUAAGCGAGCUGCAUUCAAGGAUCAGUGCAUGAACUUUCUGGAUAAUGGUCAAGCCAACCUGGUGGAACUUGACCCUGGUGAAGUCUACACGGCGGGGCGUUUUCACAGUGUUAUUCCUAUUCUGGCUGAACGCUAUGGCAGAGAUAGGGACACUGGUUACUACUCAGUGGCUGUCAUUCAUGCUCGGUCUGAGUUUCGCUCACUGAAUGACCUGAGGAACAAGUCUGUCUGCUUUACGAGUGUGGGGGACAUGGCCGGCUGGGUGGUUCCCAUGGCGACACUGAUCCACGAGAACGUCUUAGAAGUAACCGACUGCAACAACCUUGUGAAAAGUGCAGCUUCAUUUUUUGGUCCCAGCUGCGCACCAAACUCCCUUAUUGACAAACACAACCCAACAGGUGACAACCCACAGAAAAUGUGCGAGUUAUGCAUGGGGCGUCCCGGUGAAAGGUGCUCGGGCAAUGACCCAUUUGCUGGCUAUCAAGGUGCACUGCAUUGCCUCAUGGAAAAGGGUGAUGUAGCCUUUGUAAAGCACACCACCUUGGAAGAAAUGUUUUUUGGCCAGCCCCCUCCAGAUCGAUUCAGACUUCUCUGUCCAAAUGGCGAGACAGCCCAGCCAGACCAGUACCACACCUGCAACUGGGGCAGGGUACCACCAAAUGUGAUAGUCACAACAUCAGACACACUGCCUCGAGUUCGGGUGCAAUACCAAGAGUUCCUUAAGCUGGCAGUGCAAACCUUUGGAAAGCCACCUGUGGGACAGCUACCUUGGUUUUACCAGAGCCAUUCGGACAGUAGUGGCUACAAUCUGAACCCAACGCCUGAUUGGAUUCGAGGUUUCAACCAGAGCUUGGCAGCUGGACCACCGACGCCCUCCUGGAGUGGCUCGCUUACAACUGACCGCCCAUUAAUUGUCAACAUGACAGAAUUGUCGAAGUUCUAUCUGUUUGCUAGCGGAAGUCGCUAUGGCAAUGCUACCAAUCUACUUCUGCAGGACUUGACAACAGAGCUGGUCCCACUCGAUGGCUAUGAGCAGACCUUCACUGGUUACCUCGGUAGGCAUGUGGAGCACUUCACAAAACUGCGCAGAUGCCCUGUCCCUCCUGCUGUGCUUUGUGUGGUUUCAGAAAAGGAGGUGGAAAAAUGCCACCGCAUGAGGACGGCCUUCAAGUCUCAGAUGCUGAAGCCAGACCUUAACUGUGUGCGCAGCCAUAGCCACCUGGGUUGCAUGCAUAUGAUAAGAGAUGGCCUUGCCGACCUUGUUGUUCUGGAGGCUGGUGACAUAUAUCGAGCCGGACAUUCUUUUGGCCUCAUCCCAAUCAUCACUGAGCAGUACAAUUUGGAUGAGCCAUACUAUUACGCGGUAGCUGUGACACUCCAAGGGGACAAAGAGACUGAUUUGUUGUACCUGAAAGGUAAAACUUCAUGCCACACUGGCAUCAACCAGGCUGCUGGAUGGGUGGUGCCUCUGAGUUUUCUGAUCAGUAAUGAGCGCAUGCGGUCCUACGGCUGUGAUUCAGCUCGCUCUGCUUCAGAGUUUUUCUCCAAAAGCUGCGUGCCCGGGGCACUUUCCCGGGAAUUCGUAGGCUCUGAGCGGAGCUACAAGAACCUAUGCGACCUAUGCCAUGGCACCAGUACCCACUUCUGUGCCCGUGAUGCUUCGGAGCCCUUCUACGGCCACACUGGUGCCUUCCGCUGUCUCGUUGAGGGCGGUGGCCAAAUUGCAUUUGUCAAGCACACAACUGUCUUUGAAAACACUGCUGGCCGCAACAGCAUGUGGUGGGCACGCAACAUCAUGCCUGGCGACUUUGAGCUGGUCUGUCGGGAUGGCUCGCGCCAGCCACAGGACAAGUAUGUCCAGUGUAACCUAGGAAAAGUGGCAUCCAAUGCCAUUGUGACGAGCAUGCACAAACCACAAAGCAUGAUCGACGCUUACAUCAACCUCUUUGUGUAUGCACAGCAGUUCUAUGGCUCUAAAUACAGUGAAGAUUUCACAUUCAAAAUGUUUGUGUCAGAGGCUGCACAUCCUGAUUUGAUCUUUCAAGAUUCAACUCAGCAGCUAAAACCAGUGCCUUUGCAUAGGCGCAACUACGUAGACUAUUUGGGUAGUGACUUUCUCCAAGCGGUACGUCUUGUAGACUGCUCUGGAGGCUCAAGUGGUGUGCGGUUGUCCAUAGCAAUCAUGUUGAUGUGCAUACUUUUUCUGAAAUUCUCGACGUAAUGGUUUUUUUACUCUUUCUUGCUGAUAGACUGUCUCGGGUCACUUAAAGGGGCCCUGCCACACUUUUUGAGCAUGGUCAGAAAAUGCUGCCGACCGGUAGUAGAGGCUCCCGACAACGCGCGAGCGAAACACGCGGCCUGGAAUUCACAAUAAAUUAUCAAAGUCAGCUAAAAAUUGCUUUCUCUUCUCUCGACAAAUCAUGUUAUAUGCCCAGAAAUCACACGUCAAUGACCCAUCUGUCAGCCAUUGGCUGAUUUUAACAUGCCGCGCUCGCUCGUUAUAGAGAUAGCCACGAGAGGUCACGCGCGAUCACACUGAAAAAGUUGCGCAUUCGAAGGGGGAAAAAAAAGAAAAAAGUGCUCAAGGUCGCGAGGCGUGCGUAACGUUUUUCUGUGGCCCUGCCAACGCUCCCUGCUUAGCUUCCAGCGCUUGCGUCAGGACGAGAGAAGAGAGAAUACAAUUGCAGCACGCGACAAACCUUUGUAACUCCACUCGCACUGGACGGAUUCUUAACAUUUUUGUGGCGUUGAAUUCGUGAGGCAAUAACCUCUUCCAGUGAAUUCAUUCCACAAUUACUUGAAAAAGUGUUUCAGGGCUUGUACUUGGCAUGCUAUUAAGCACAUGAUGUGAUGCAAGCCCUGUCAACUCAAAAGGCGGAUGAGUUUUGUACUACUAGAAAUGACCUACUUUAAAUUGGGUCAAUGUUCGACCUCUUCGAUAUUGUUGUGGUGGAGAGUGGGAUGUGCAUUCCGAUGUUUUGAGCUUUGUCUUUAAAGGGGCCUUGCAACACUUUUCGCUAAAUGAAUAAACCAGUCAAGAAGAACGACGACGAAGGGAGAGAAGUGGCACACACUUCUUUCUCUUGUCCAUUGUCUUCUUGACUGGUUUAUUCAUUCAGCGCAAUGUCCAAAUGACCCAGACUUCAACCUUACUGCAACACAUUUUGAACAUAGUCAGAAUAUGUUGCUGAUUGGUAGUUGAGACUCCUGCAAAUAUAUGAGCCAAACACGUAGCACACAGCAAUUUCCAAGCGGGCUAGAAGUCGCUCACCCAGUUCUUGACAAAUGGUAUUGUAAGUGAAAAUUACCACACCUUAAGCACAAAAAACAGGGCCGUUCGCUCAUUAGAAUAUUGUGAAAUGGGUAGUUACCACGGACGUCAUUUGAUGCUGCAACACCUCCAUGCUAUGCUUUAUAGUACUAGAAUCACACGCUGUAUAGAAUUGCAGCAGCAUGCUUCCAAUCAUGCUAAAAGUAAGCCACAUGGGGAAAAAAAAAGAAAAGAAGGAGUUCAAAGUCUGUCGAUUCAUGAGACAAUAAACUCCUUGAGGAAGCCAUUCACUUAUUACUUGAAAAAGUGUUGCAGGGCUCCUUGAAAGUAUUGCCCUUCUUGCCAUGAGCUAAUGAAACAUUUAUCCAUCAUCAAGAGCUGAAAGCUCCAAAUGUAAGAUAUUUUCUUGAUGUUCUGAAUCACAUUGUGCUACUUUUCAUCACUGUAAUACACUAACUGCUGAAGAGAGGAUGAUUUUUUUACCAGUUUGUGUGCAUGAAAAAAUAAGAGCAGAAAUAAGCACUUCUUUUUAAAGUGUUAAUGAAUUUAUGGAGUUCAAUCUCGUAAGGCGACUACACUUUACAGGACGCUUGUCAACAGAAUCACUUGAGUGUUUUAAUUCUUUUAUUUGCUUGCUUACUUUAUCAGCUUCUAUUAUUUCUUACAGCAACAUGAAGCAUUCAAAGGAAAUCUGUCUAAUCAGGAAUAUUCACAGCAGUAAAUAGCAUACAAUGACCAAUCAUUAAAAUAAAAUAAGGUGUUUCGGCCCCACACUUGUGGCCUUGUUCACAAUCUGUGAAUCGGGAACGAGGCCUUCGUAGUACACCUGAAACACCUUUGAUUUUAGUUUAAUGAUUAAUCAGUACAUAUUGCGAAUGCCUGUUUAAAAACCCGAGGUGCCUUUGCAGCUCUUGUACACAUAUCCUGGUGCCCUUCUUCCUUUCUCUCUUUGCUUUUUUCUUUUCUCUACAUUUCUCUCGGUUAUGUGACCAAAUUAGAGCCCCAUGAGUGCAUUCCUAAACAAUUGUGAUGACAUAAAAGAAUAAUGUGUCAUCCAUUUGUUUUGAGUAUAACAAAGCACUAUGGUGUGCCACUAUAGUGGCAUGUAUUUUAUGGGUCUGACAUUGAAGUGCAAAGAGCGAUAACACAAAACGUUUCACUUACCUGAAACUUCUAGAAGGAUGGUGUGCUGUACAAAGUCAGCGGCAUGCUUUGGUGAAGUUCACGCUAUUAUAGUGUGGCCCAGGUACGUAGAUAUUAAAUAUUCAUUAUGAAAUAUGAACGAAAAUUUGUGCUGCCUGUCUGUGGCAUAGCCAGGGCGGUUGUUUCAGGGGUUAAUCCCCUCCUAACCCCUCUCCCAGGAAAAAAAAUGAAUUUUUAUGUAUAUAUCUAUGCACAUGCACACAAACAUUCAUAAAGGGAGUAAGACUAUGCCCCCCCCCCCCUUUUUUUUCCAAAAAAAAAUUUCUGGCUAUGCCCUGCUACGUGUACCUUUGAUUAUAACAUGGUGAUCUACAUUUUUAGCUAUAAAUCCAGUUGUGCUGAGUUCAUGCAAUUCAUUGUUAACUAGACUGCUCACAUUUGCUUUUUGAAAACUACUGCUGUGAUUGUAUAGCUAUAAAUGGAGACACACAGGCUGACUGAGAGAGAAAAUUUGUCACAGCGGGCUUUGUUUGUGCACACUUUGGAGUGCUGCAGUCGAAAUACUAAGGUAAGUAGUGCAGUUAUUCUUAGAGACAAAGGAAGUUGUGAUGAAGCUGCUUACUCAAUUUUUAACGUUUGAGGCAUGCAGCACACCUAAAAUUGCAGUGCAAAUAAGUUCUGCGUAUUAGCAUUACUUGUGUCCAUGUACUUCGAGUUGUCGAUGAAUUCCCCCUCGCGCUGCCAUUUGGUGGCUUCCUGAUUAGCUGAAUUGAUAGAACGGCCACCCCAGAAAAGCGUUGGUCCCGGGUUUGACCCCUAGAGCAGGAUGAAUUUUCUGGCAACCAAGUUUUUCUUUCUAUGAAAUCCGUACAAAUUUUCUUGUGGCUUCGUGCCACAAACGGGUUGUUGUCUAUGUUUCCUUUCUAAAAUUGCAUUGUGUACUCAUAAAACAUUCACGGAGUACUUGUAAAGUUUCCAAUAUGGUGAAGUUUGUUCCAAAUAAUACUACUUUGUUAUUCCAUGGUUUAAAUGAGUACAGUUCUUCACACAUUUAAGCUAUUUCUAGUUGGCAAAUUGUUUCUUAAUGCAUGCAUUACCAACAUUGAGCAGCUGUGGAAGUUUGUAUUGAAAUGUAGAAUGGUUUUGCAGUUCUGCUGGUGUUUUUAGCUUCUGAUGACCAAUAAUCACUGUCUCUCAAUUUUCUUUGGAGCAUUGUUGGCAUUGCAAACUAUUUAUAAAAGUGGACUAAAAACUAUUUUGAAAA